UGCAAUAUGGCGGCAGAGAAAGGCGUGUGUGACUUUGCGAGUGAGCAAUGUGGCCGGCUGUGUGUGUAAGAAACCGUGAUUGUUUAUGUUUAUUUAGAUAAUUCACUUACGAGUAGUAAAACCGAACUCUAUAUUUAGAUCAGCUUGAGGUUUGUGUCACGGAAAUGUUCCCUGGAAGGUUUAGGAAGUAAAGCAGUACCAUCUUGUCCUUUUUAGGCUACUGCAAAGAAAAGUGAAGAGUGCGCAUGACCCGACAGCACUGUUUACUUCGCAUUUAAUUUGAGGGUAUAAAUGAAUAGUCUCUUAUUAGACUGAUCAUACUUUAGGAAGUGUUCUGCUGCAUUGACUGGGAAGUCAUGGUCAAAGCUGCAGGAAAUUUCCGGAAGAAGAGCAACGCGGAAUCAACUUUUUUGUCUUCCUCUUCGAGAUCUUUUGCGUGGUUAUUAGUUGAAUCGAGACUGAAUUCAGCAUCAAGAUCAAUGCAUGUCAGGCGGGGUCAGUGAGGACACCGGGUUAGUUUGAGUUUUUAGCUUCGCAGGGGUCAGAUUCACUGGGGUCGUUUGAGUUUUCCAGUCAGAAUGCUGCUGUCUCUGGUCGUGCACUCAUACUCGUUGCGGUACUGGCUUCCAGCGGCGGUCAUGCUGGGCACCGCACCGGCUUACCUGCUGUGCUGGAGCGCCUGCCGCCUGCUCACCGGUCUGCUGCCGGCCAGACUCUUUCACACUGUGGAUGACCGUGUGUACUCCGUGUAUCAGAGCAUGGUCCUGUUCUUCUUCGAGAAUUACACGGGCGUGGAGAUUGUCAUUUAUGGGGACAUACCAAAGAAGGAGAACGUGGUCUACCUGUCUAACCAUCAGUCAACAGCUGAUUGGAUCAUUGCUGACAUGUUAGCCAUCCGUCAAAAUGCACUUGGACAUGUAAGGUACGUCCUGAAGGAUGGGCUGAAGUGGCUUCCACUGUACGGAUGGUAUUUCUCACAGCAUGGUGGAGUGUAUGUGAAGAGAAGUGCCAAAUUUGAUGAGAGAGCCAUGAAGAAGAAACUUUUAUCUCAGGCCAAACUGGGCACACCAAUGUAUCUUGUCAUCUUCCCAGAGGGAACCCGCUACAACCCAGAGCUCAAGAAAGUGAUCGAAGACAGUCAGGCUUUUGCGGCUAAAGAAGGACUUGCAGUGCUAAAGCACAUUCUAACGCCAAGAAUGAAAGCAUCACAUGUUGCCAUAGAGACCAUGAGGGAUCACUUGGAUGCUGUCUAUGACAUCACAGUAGCAUAUGAGGGAACUCUCACAGCAGAUGGCCAAAGACGUUCAGCUCCUACAAUGCCAGAGUUCCUGUGUAAGGAAUGCCCGAGGGUGCACAUCUACUUCCAGCGUGUGGAUAUGAGGGAAAUUCCUCAAGAGCCAGUGUUCUUCCGCAGGUGGCUACAUGAACGAUUUGAAAUCAAGGACCAGCUUCUGAAAACUUUCUACGAGUCUGAAGACCCGGAGAAAAAGUGCCAGUUCCCUGGAUUAGGUCGAAGGUCACCUCUUGGUCUCACAAAGACAUUGCCUUCACUACUGAUUUUGGGCGGCCUCACGUUACCCAUGCUGUUAACAGAGUCCGGUAGAAAACUCUAUCUCAAUACCUGGCUCUAUGGCACUUUGAUUGGAUGGGUGUGGGUCCACAUCAGUCCAUAAUCCAGCCAUAUGGAAAAAACAUCCAUCCUGACCGCUCAUAUCAGCACUGAGAGACUUUAUAGGUUUCGUUGUUGGAUAAGAUACCUAUUUUUAUAAUUUGGCUUAUUUUAUACUCCUAACUGGCUUUAUCAUAUCGCAUCUGGUUAGGACAAAAACACAUAACAUAGAGGGAACAUUUUAGAAAGGUUUUGUAUUAAGGUUGGGUAAAUUCAUAAGCGCGCUCAAACUUUUGUUAGUUGCCACUGAAAUGUGUUCAAUGUACCAUUUGUUUAAAUUUUCAGCAUACAUGAUUAUUAGGCUGUUGAAUGAUGAAUGAUUUCUGAUGAGCAUUUUGUUUACAGGGUCUGUUUGUAUCCUUUCAAAAUGUUCUAGAAAAUGUUUGGGAGUAUUUUAUUAACGUGUAAUGGUUUUGAGUGUUUGUAAUAAUGGUGAUUUUUGUUGGUUAUGCAUGGGGUUUCACAUUAAUUUUGAUUUGAUGCCAAGAUCUAGGAGGUCCAUCAGGUAUAGGCUUUUUAUUGUCAGUAUUUGCAUUAUUGUGAAAUAAUUCACAGAUGUUUGCCAAACGUGCCAGGAUAUUAAAAUGUUUUUGAACAUUCUGUCAUUAUUUACUCACCCUCGUGCUGUUUUAAACCCAUACACUGAUUCUUUUUCAGUAGAACUCCAAAUUUUGAAGAUGUACAUAGCUGUUAUACAUACAACAACAGUUCAUUUUGACCACAGCUGUCAAGCUCCAAAAAGGUCAACAUUGCACCAUAAAAGUAGUCCAUACGGCUUGCGCGCUAUAUUCUGAAGUUGUUCCAUGGGAAAACAAUUACAGCAUUUGACUUUGGAAUAACAUAAGGGUAAUGAAAUAAUGACAUCCUUUUAACUUUGGGGCGAACUUUUCCUUAAAUUAUCCAGAAUAAUUUAAGAGCAAUAGAUUUAGAUUAUUUAAAUGCUAUUAGUAUCUUAACUUACAUGAUAUAAGGAGAAAUCCGAGCCAUUUUUUCUUUGUUUUAUUUUUAGUAGUGUGUGUAUAUAUAUAUCUAUCUCACUCAACUGAAAUCCAGUUGAUUCUAGUUUUGCUAUUUGACAGCAGCCAAAAACCAAUUAGGAUUGAGUGACAGAGCUUUCGUUUGGAAUUUGUAGGCAUUUCCAGAGCUUCAACAGGACACCCUCUACUGGAAGCUUGUGGCACAGCAAAUGAAAAGUUUCCAAGUUUUAAAAAGCUCAUAUGUUCAUAAUCUCUUUGCUAGCCCGUUCAAAUCUUCAGUGUUUUCUAGAAGAUACUUUAGUUCUUCAAAAAAUAAAGUUUCCCACAUUAAAAAAGAUUUGUAUGCUCGCAGUUGAGUAUGAUUACCCAUCGUUUAUGUUGUGUCGUCUUUGAAGUCCACGAUCUAAAAAUAUUCUAAUGGGAAUGGUAUUUCAAUGUUUUCGAAGUAUGAGAAGCUCGAAAAUUUAAAUGAGCAAAUUGGACAAAUGCCUUUAGUAUUGAGAUAAUAUCAGAGUUUAUAACCUAAAAUUAUGCUAAAAGUUUAACCCUUAAAUAGCAUCAAGCACUUUUACAUUUAACAAAUAAAUUAGCAUACUUCCAAAUGUAAGCUUUUGCCAAAACUAACCUUAAUGGCACUUUUUAUAUGUUUAUAUGUUUAAGUACAGAUUGCACAAUAUUGAUUACAGAUCCAUGCAUGUAAUGUCUCAUCAAUGAUUUCGCUGCGGAUGCAGUUAAUUCAGUGGUUAAUUACUAUUUUUUUUUUCCUCCAUGUUUUCAGUUGAGGGUUAAUUGAUUGCAUGUUUUUUUUUCCCCUCUCUCUCUCUCUCUCUUACCCUUACCCCUUUUUCUAAAAGUAUGCAAUGUAACCAAUAAGAUGUUUUUAUAUGAAAAGAUUCUACCUCCUCCCUGUUAAUCCACAUUUAAACUGUGUGUUACCAUGAAUGUGUAAUUUGGGGGUUGAUAUGUGCUUCAUAUUUCUGUAUGUUUGUAAAUGGAAACUGUGACUUCAUCUACAGUCAUGUGUGGGCUUUCAUUCACGUUAACAUUGAUGGCAGUGUGUCUAGUUUCCUCAUUUUCUCAUGAAAGAAAUCACUAAACAGAACACAAA